AUGGCUGAAGCUAGACAAUAUUUUUCGCAAUUGGAAAAGUCGCUGUUAACUGAAUUAGUGCGAAAGCACAAAUAUCUGCUAGAAAAUAAAAAGAAUGAUUAUAAAACCAUACAACAGAAAAAUAAAACGUGGGAAGCUUUAUCCGAACAAUUCAAUUCCCAGUCAGGUGUGACGAAGAGGGAUUCGAAGCAGUUAAAAAAGUGUUGGGAAAAUGUAAAGGCCCGCGCCAAAAAACAACUGGCGAAAGUGGAGAAGAGGGAGGUGAAGUUAACUGGCGGCGGUCCUUCAACGACGAAACCAGACGAUGAAGCUGCGGCUGUUGCUUCUAUCAUUCCAGCCCAAAUUGACAGCUUAAGUAAUAUGUUUGAUGACGAUAAUUUUGAAAUAGGUAAGACAAUGCCAAAUCGUUAAACAUAUGCAGGUGUUAUACAAUUGCAAAAUCCGAUCAAUUAGUUUGAAAUUUCUGAACAACCCUUUGUAAUAUGUGCAUAAAAUCUCAUGUACUUUAUCGGGUUUUAAAUGUAUAGAAAUCGAUUGCGACGACGAUGAAACGGAUUUAGAGGCAACAACUACAGGUACAAAAAAUGCACCAGACGAAAAUGAAUUGCCGCCAUCUGUCUUUGACGCUGCUGCCCUUACACCAUCAUUGACCAAAAUAUCGCAAAUAUCCGCUGCCCAGGCACGAUUUUGGACAUGCAAACCCAGCAGCAUGAAGCAGAGAUGGAGCUCCUGGUUUUAA